AUGAAUGGAGAUAGGCCUGUGGAAGAUGCUCAUUACUCGGAGACAGGAUUCCCUUAUGCUGCUACUGGAAGUUACAUGGAUUUUUAUGGUGGUGCGGCUCAGGGCCCGCUAAACUAUGCUCAUGCUGGAGCAAUGCAUCCUCAGGACAAUCUGUAUUGGACCAUGAAUACAAAUGCAUACAAGUUUGGAUUUUCAGGCUCAGAUAAUACUUCUUUCUAUGGUUCUUAUGACAUGAACGAUCAUUUAUCAAGGAUGUCGAUCGGGAGAACAAACUGGGAGUACCAUCCCACGGUAAACGUUGAUGAGCCUGAAAUCGCAGUGGCACGGUCUGUUCAAAUCGGGGACACGGAUGAGCACUCUGAAGCUGAGGAAUGCAUUGCAAAUGAGCAUGACCCGGACAGUCCUCAGGUAUCCUGGCAAGAUGACAUUGAUCCAGAUACAAUGACCUAUGAGGAAUUAGUAGAGCUGGGGGAAGCAGUAGGAACAGAAAGCCGGGGGCUGUCUCAGGAACUCAUAGAAACGCUUCCCACAAGAAAAUACAAGUUUGGGAGCAUCUUCUCCAGGAAAAGAGCAGGGGAGAGGUGUGUGAUAUGCCAGCUCAAGUACAAGAUAGGGGAGAGGCAAAUGAAUCUGCCGUGCAAGCACGUGUAUCAUUCCGAAUGCAUUUCCAAAUGGCUAAGCAUCAACAAGGUUUGCCCGGUUUGCAACAGCGAGGUCUUUGGUGAUCCCAGCAUCCAUUGA